AAACGGGACCUGGAGACAGAGACGCCAAGAAGAAACCGGGAGAGACGCUCUUGUGGCGCACUUCCGGCGCGCUGGGCGAGGAAGAUGGCUGCGUCCCAGCAGCAAGCUGCCGCUGCUUCGUCUGCCGCGGGUGUGUCGGGUCCGGGUUCGUCUGGUGGCCCGGGUCCGCAACAGCAGCCGCAACCACCAGCACAGUUGGUGGGGCCUGCCCAGAGCGGGCUUCUGCAGCAACAGCAACAGGACUUCGAUCCAGUGCAGCGUUACAAGAUGCUCAUCCCGCAGUUGAAGGAGAGUCUACAGACCUUGAUGAAGGUCGCAGCCCAGAACUUGAUUCAGAACACUAACAUUGACAACGGACAAAAGAGCAGUGAUGGACCCAUACAGCGCUUUGACAAGUGUCUGGAGGAGUUCUACGCACUCUGUGACCAGCUGGAGCUCUGCCUGCCUGCCUCUCCCUCUGCCUGUUACAGCCUGACAGCCUGCCCUACCCGCAGUACCUGGCAGUCAUCAAAGCCCAGAUUGCCUGUGCCAAGGACAUUCACACCGCUCUGCUGGACUGUGCCAACAAGGUCACGGGCAAGACGCCGGCACCACCUACAGGCCCUGGGGGCACCCUGUGAGCUGGCAGGGCUGGGAGUGGGGCAGGCCCCGGGGGAAGGGGACAGGGAGGGAAUGAAGAGUGACCUCAAAGCAGCCUGUCUCCGACUUUUCUUCCCGCCUGAGUUCUGUGGCCCUAGCCAGCAGGGGGCAGCAGAGGCCAGCAGGGGGCGCGCAGGGCGGGGCCUUGCUUCCCCUGGCAGCCUGCCGUCCUGUCCUGCCGAGCCCAGGAUGCACUUUGGACCCCCCGUUGAUGACCUCUUACAGGGCUCGCCCCCAGCCUGCCUGGGCAAAGAGCCCUGAUCUGCCUCUCUCCCUCAGUCUUUCCUGACUUUGUCCAUUUGGGGGUGGUCUUUCUCUAUUUGCUCCCUUUUCUAGCCGUUUCUCUGUGUGUUUCUAAGGCAUGUGUCUGUUGUCUGCCUCUCGUUGGGUCUCUUUUUGUCCAUUUCUCUGCCUCUUGGUCCUAUUUCCCUGUCUCUGACCAUCUCUGUCUAGUCUCCUUUUGCUCUAUUCUCCCAGUUCUAACUGGGACUCUAGUAUGAAGGGGGCUAGAUUCUGGGAGCCAGACCCCUAGGCUACCUGGGGUUAGAGGAAGGAGUUUCAUUUCCAAGGGCCACAGCCAAGUCCAGGGAUCCCCAGCACCUCCUUUGUCAGCCCAGCACCCCCAGUCCUUAGCCCAGGAAAGGGGAAGUGAAGGGGUUCUAGGCCCUGACCUCAGCAUGCCUGGUCUGGGAGCAGCUUACUCCCCCACCCGAACCCGGAGCCUGCGUCAGCAGCACUCAAACAGCAGCAUUGUGCAAUCCGUGGUGAAGCCUAGCCCAGCUGGAUGCCUGGGUCCCUGUAUUUUUAGCCCCAAAGGAGAAGUGAAAAGGCCCUAGCAGGGGUGAAUCAUCAGUCCUGGGGAAGAACCCAGGCGCCUGGGCCCCAGCUCCAGGAAGCAGGCCUUGGGGAGGGGGCUUCAGGGAAGGAGUGGCCCACCAGGCUCCCCUUUUCCCUGAGAGCAAGCCUCGGGAGCUCAGCCAUGGCUUUCAGGCCUGGGCAAGUGCAAGGCGGAGCUACCAGCCCAGGCCCAGCUGUUGGGGUGAGUCAGCCCGGUUGCGGGGACUGCCCCACCCAACACCUUCUGUGCCCUGGUUCCCAUCUCGCUGCCCAGAGGCCUCCUGUCCUGGACUCCACAUCUGUAAGGAAAGCCUGGGACGUGGAGACCUGUGAUUCGGCCAGAGCCCAAGUCCCCACACUAGAGUCCUGGGAAAUGGCCAGCCUGUGUGUGUGGGGGGGUGUGGGUGUGUGUGUGUGUGUGUGUGUGUACACACCCCAGGGAGUUCCUUUCUUAAAGUCCCAGGCAGGCAUGUAGGGCAGACCCCCAGGAAGGGCAGCAGGCCUCUGUGGGCACUAGCUGAAGAUGCUGCCCACAGGAAUAAAUGUGACACAAAUGCAGGGCACAUGUAUG